GGGAAAUCUGUAAAUUUUGGGAUUGGUAACAAGAAGGAAGUUGUAGAAUUAGUGAAUAGACAGGGUGAAAAAGCAAAAACUUGUCAAAAAUUAAUGGUGGUUUAAAGCUAUCAGUACAUAUCUUUUUUAAAAUUCAUAUAUUUUAUUUAUAUUUAUAAAAUAAUUUACUGACGUUCUUACCAACAGUUUAAAGCUAUUUGAUGGCCGGGGUAAAUUACCGAUGGCCUGGGUCACUGACAAAGUUUUUCAGCCAUCGUUAAUUUUCGAUGGCUAUUAAAUUUAUCAAAAUUUUAAAAUUACCGCUGGUUUACCGUGGCCAUCGGUAACAAGUUAUCGGUAAUCAGCUAUUUUGUUGUAGUGACUCACAUUAUUGUCGCAUUCUCCUUUUACCUACUUUUAUAAUCUACUAGGUGCGGCCCCCAUGUAGAACAUAUGGAGUGGUUAUUUUUAGGUCACUACAACUCUACAUUAAAAAUGUGAUAUAAUCAACAUGAAUUGAUUGAGAGAUAAACCCUUCCUGAUUGGUUGGCAUUAUUUGAAUAUCUUCAACCCAUCAUGUUUUUAUCUAAAAUUUAUUAAUUUUUGGAGGGAUUCAACGUCAAGAUCAUGACUUCCUCAUAAAUAGGUAAGUUAGCAAAUUUGCAACACUACCUUUUUUCAUGUUUUAUCCUUACACCACAUCUUUCUUAGACAAUAGUAAACUCAACUUGACAUAAACAUGAGCGCAGAUAAACUACAAGAUAAUACUUCAACUUGUGAAGGCCUUUCUUUCAUGACCAAAUUACAAUACUCCGCCCACUCUUUCAUCACCAAAUUUGCCUACCACUCCGACGGCACCGUCAACCGCUUCCUCGUAAACCUCGCUGAUAUUCGCUCACCACCUUCUUCCACCCCUGUCAACGGUGUCACCUCCUAUGAUCAUACCAUUGACUCUUCCCGUAAUCUUUGGUUUCGAAUUUUUAUUCCCGCCAAUGCUCCCUCCAAUCUUUCUCUUCCGGUUAUCGUCUACUUCCAUGGCGGAGGCUUUGUCUCCUUCGCUCCCUCCACCAUGCCUUACAACACUUUUUGCCGGAAGAUUGCCGGAGAUGUUUCCGCUGUCGUCAUCUCCGUCGGCUACCGCCUUGCGCCGGAGCAUCGUUGGCCGGCGCAAUAUGAAGACGGGUUUGAUGUCUUGAAGCUCCUCGACGAUAAAGAGAUGAGGGAGAAAAUUGGAGUUUUUUCGGCGAAUGCUGACGUCAGCCGGUGUUUCCUCGCCGGAGAUAGUGCCGGCGGGAAUAUAAUUCACCACGUGGCGAUACGAGCUUGUGGGACCCACUUCAAGACGAUUAAAAUUCGCGGGCUUAUUUCAAUUCAACCGUUUUUUGGCGGGGAGAAAAGGACAGAGUCCGAACUUCGGGUGAAGAAUCCUCCGGUUUUGACUUUAGCCCAGACCGAUUUCUCUUGGAAGGCAUUCUUACCUAUCGGGUCGGACCGAGACCACCCGGCAGCGAAUAUACUCGGGCCGGGGUCCGAGGAUAUCUCGGGUUUGGAGUCGUUCCCGCCAACCAGUGGCGGACCCAGGAUUUUCCGACUGGCGGAGGCGAGCAGCGGAGCAGGCGGAGCAGCACUGCAAUAGGGCCACGGGCAGUCGGCCAGCACCGCAGCACGGCAGUCGGCAGCAC